AUGCCGCCGCGACUUUCUGCUACUGCCGCAAGCAGCAUCUUCAAUCUGACCAGUCUCCUUCAGAGCUUGCCCGCAACCACACGGAAUCAAGCACUCACAAAGUGCUCUACUUGCCUCUUCUCCACCACAGCUCCUCUAGAAGCGAAGCGGACAAGAAAACGAAAAGUCAGGAAGCAUGUCGACCCAUAUCGGCUGGCACAGGCCCGGCAGCGCAAAUCAGCAAAUUUAGCACGACAAAAAGUGUUGCAAGCAGAACGCGAACUCGCCCUCGGUGACCCCGUCCGAUCACGACCGACUCCGUUUGUCAAUUCCCUGCAGGCAAAUGCUCCUAUCUCUACAAUCAAAGAGUCCUAUCUGAACUAUUUCCUCAAACCAGAGGAUGUGCAAAAGUCUCUAGAAUACUCCAAAUGGCUUACUGAGCCUCUUCCAGAAACCAGCCCUAUCGUUGGGGCCGAAGCAAGGCUUGCUGAAAAAAUUAAGGAACAUGCCGCUUCCCACGGAAAUGCCUCGAAGGCUCUGCUGGCUAUUGCCUCGCUAGAGAACGCUAGCAGCAAAGAUCGCACACGCAUCAACAUUCAACGAUGCAUCGAAGAGUUUGGCCGCCAUAACACCGAAGGAGUUCUUGCGCCAGGGCUUCAGAGCAAGCAAAACACUCGCAAGGAAGUUGAAGACACCGACACCAGUGCCAUCGCUGUUCCGAAGCGGAUCGGCGCAGACACUGGAUCUCCUGAAGUUCAAAUUGCGAUUCUGACGGCAAAAAUAAAUGUUCUUGCGAACAACCUGCACAAGAAGGACAAAAGCAACAAGAGGCGAUUGAGAAUGAUGGUGCACAAGAGACAAAAGUUGAUGGCCUACCUAAGAAGGCAAGACCGAGGCGGGCCAAGAUGGCAGAAUGUUGUGGAGAAACUUGGGCUCAACGACGCCAUGUGGAAAGGAGAGAUCAGCUUGUAA